AUUCCACUGAAUCAUUCACCAUCCAAGCAGAAACUUGUUGUGCGUGUGACAACGUUCUCCCAUCUCACCUGAACAGGUAGCAACCGCGACACGCCCAGCUGUCAAUCAUUGGCGAGGACGCGUAGCUCAAAAUCCCAAGAGCGUCGACAACAACAGUCGGUGAGUGUGGGUCAAGCCACGGUCACGAGUUUUCUCGAAGGAAGUAGCGCUGUCAUGCUGCGCUGCUGUUUGGAUUCAAGGGUUACGGCGUUCAGUUUUUGCGUUUCGGAUGAGGGGAGUUUAGCCGCGGGACAAAAGACGUGCGCCGGAGAGAAACCUGCGUCAGGCGCACAGCCGCUCUCCAAGACAUGGCUCCCGCGCUAAUUCGGGGGCCACAUGUUUUCUCCCUGUUUCUUCUGCGCUUCUGGCUGUUUGUGUCGGCACGAGCGUUGGACAUGAGCGACCAAGACGCACCUGAACUCACCUGUGGCGAGGGUUUAACUGAUUGCAACAUGAGUUCAGACUUUCCAUUCUCUGCUGCGCUGCCUGAUCCUAAUGAUGCAGUGGAUGUUACGCAUAUGCAGCUUAAGGUGAUGCUGUGCUGUUCCGCCACAAAAGACUGUGAGCCUUGCCUGCAAAUCAUCAUCACAGUCCGAGAAGUGGACGAGACAGAGGAGGUUUCUGAGGGCAGUGGAGAGGCGGACGGAAGUGGUCAGACUGUGUUCGUUGAACAAAGUGCUUUGGUCAAAGUGGGUCUUAGCUUCCCAGGCUCCACUGAAAUUUGGAGGACUCUCCAGUUUAAACUAAACCAUUCCGGUUUAUUCCAAGCUUCUCAACAGCCCACAUAUAAGCUGCUGCUGACAGAGAAAGUGAUGUUUGGCAGUCCUGUUGUGGUCCAGGCAGAUUCAAAGGCAGCACACAUUGUCAAAAAUAUCACAAUCCCAUCUUUAGAAGAAGUUUGCUCCAUGAACCAAGAGAAAUGUGUAAUGGAGUGUGAUGCUCCCAGACUCAGAGCUCAGACUGAUUACAAGAGAAACGUGGUCCUGCUCCAACUGGAAAACACCAGCUGCUCAACAGAUGCCAGACAAGAAGAUCUCAUGAUUUUUAAUGAAAUGUCUGGAGAGAUGCUUGCAUGGCCCCAAAACAAGACUGAAAUGGUCAUCUCGUCAAACUUUGUUGCACCGUGCCUGUGCUUCCAGGUGUGGUGGAAGGGAAAGGAAUUUCGCAGAGAAUUCUGCCCUUUCAAAAACAAACAAGAUGCACUAGAAAGAAUGCAGCACAAUGUGUCCUUGUCCUUGACAAAGUUUCAGAUGAGGGAGGGUGGCACAGGGCUGAGCUGGAAUGUGAGUGCCCCCUGCAGACUGGAGGCAGAGGUGUGGCUCUGCAAGAAAGAUCUAGCAGGGGGACAGUGUGAAGAGGUGACAGGCUCCAGACAGAGUCUGCUCAACCAUGUACGCACAGGCUGGAUUUCAACACACAAAGGACACUGGAAAACAGGAGAGUUCAAUGUGUCAUUGCAUCCUCUGCUUUGUGUUCAGAUAAAGAUACAUGGGAUGGAGUCAUAUUUAGAGCCCCACUGUCCAUUUACAACAUCUCGAUGGAGGUGGAGCCUGCCACUCCUCAUUGGAUUACUGCUCAUGUGUUUGACCAUACUAGGAGCCUAUUUUAUACAAGGGGUCCUGAAAGGCUACGUGUGGAGAUGGCUAAAAGAAGAUGAUGUUAAAGGUGCAGUGGGUGGUGGUCAUGUGGUGCUGCUGUACCCACCAGGCAAGGACCAGGCUUUGCCAGGACUGAUGUGUCACCUGGGCUCGUCCCUCCAGGCCCUGGGCUUCAGUGUGUCCCUGGACCUGUGGAGCCAGGCUGAGCUCAGUGUACUGGGCCCCGUGCCGUGGCUCCACUCAAGACUGGACCGGCUGAAAAGGCAAGGGGGCAAAGUGGUUCUAGUCCUAACCCAGGCCACUUGGAUAAGGGCUGAAGAAUGGGGAGCUCGGAGCUGGGAGAAAAACACUCCCAGGGAGAGGAACAGAGACAUGGAGGAAGAGGAGGCAGGAAGAAGCUACCCUGCUUCUUCUCCCUGUGUAGAUGUUUUUAGUGCUUCAUUGAGCUGCAUUCUAGCAGACUAUUUACAGGGCCGCGCUGGUGAGCGGUUCAUGCUGGUACAGUUUGAAUCACUCCCACCUGAGCCUCCAGGUGGUUUUCGGCCACUGCCAGAACUUUUCCGUGGCCUUCAUGUCUACAGCCUUCCAUCCCAGAGCCUGGGUUUCCUGACUGAGCUGGCUGGGGCUCGGCAAAUGGCCACUGCGUCAGCCAGACGGAAGAGGGCGGGGGGGCUCAGGGUGGCAUCCCGAGUUCUGGCGAGAGGACUGUCAGGGUUCACAGCAGGGACGACUGUAUUUCGCCUCGCAGGGGUGUCCCAGAGUUGUGUUGGGGCAGGAGUAGAAGACUCUGGGGAAACGGUGCCCUUGCAGCCGUGUCUUAUUACGCCUCCCUCCAGCCCUGACACAAACCCCAAGGUCAAUGAAAUGGAAUGGGUCUGACAGCAGGAGAAGAUGACUUGAAAGAAGAAGUGAUACCCCAGGAAACACUCAAAAAUAUAAAUCAUAAAAAUCAGUUUUUGCAUUUGCCGGGCUAAACAUCAGGGGUCUAGUAGCUGUCAUAAAAGGGAGCAAAGUGUUUCAUCUGUUUUUGAGCAGAAACAGUAGCUUGUUUUACAAAGAAAAGGUGGGUUGGGCUUCAGAAAAAUGAAAGUGCACAACAUUAAAACCUCACACUACUUCAAAAACUAAAUUCGAGGAAGGAGAUUUUCAAAAACAGCAUGGCUUAGAUGGCUAGCAAACUUACACUACAAUGAAAAGAGAGAAUCUCAUUGAAACAAAUUAUCCAUUGUGUUGGCCCUGACUCCACAGCUGUUUGUCAGUCUUGAGCCAGUGUGUGUGUUUACUUACUUGUAUUCUGCAUGCCCAUGUGUUGAAUAUAAAAGCACUGAGAGAUAUGAAGAAUUUUAAAAACAAAAAUAAGCUAUUUUCUCUCUCUAUGUUUAUACACAAGUAUAUUAAUUUGCUUUGUCCAGGCGGAGUGAGUCUGUUUUAUAAUUUAUUUUGUCCUUACUGUUUAAAGUUGGAUUGAAUAAAGAAUGUGUCUUGGA